AUGGCCAACCAAACCACUGUGGAUGACUCCAAAGUCCACGGAGACUGGCGAGAUGAACUGUUCCAAAACGGAUAUGUCGUUGUGAAAAAUGCUAUUCCACAAGCGCGAUGUGAAUAUUACAUCGACAAGAUGUUUCAGUGGCUAGAAAGUUUCCCUUUUGGCUUUCAGAGAAAUAUUCGAUCGACUUGGAAUGAAAAACAUUUACCUCAGCAUAUCAAAGGAGGGAUGUAUCAUGGGUAUGGAAUACAGCAUGAAAGAUUUGUAUGGGAGGCUCGAACCGAGGCAGGAGUGAUCGAAGCCUUCGCAAAGCUGUGGUCGACAGAAAAGCUUCUAGUCUCCUUUGAUGGAAUCAACUUCACGCUUCCUUCUGGUACUGCUCUACCACAGACACAACCAUGGCCGCAUAUUGAUCAGAGCCCGCUGCGAGAGGGCAUGCAGUGUGUUCAGGGUAUUCUUAACUUUGCACCGAAUGGGCCUCAAGAUGGGGGUCUUCUUGUCAUGAAAGGAUCUACAAAGCUGAUGCCUGAGUUCUUCAAAUCUCAUGAAGGCACAAUCGGACGACCAACCUGGGGUCCUAGCGAUUGGUUUGGCUUUGACGAAAGUGAAGUGAAAUGGUUCGAGGAAAGAGGCUGUGAAAUUCACAAGGUAACUGCUGAAGCCGGUGACCUAAUUCUGUGGGACUCACGCACUAUGCAUUUCAACUGUGUUCCCUCUUCUCAAAAUUUACGCGCCCUUGUUUAUGCGUGCUAUACACCAGCUUCCCUUGCAAAGCCUGAAAUACUGCAGCAGAAAAGUGAAAUCUUUGACAAGCGUAUUGGAACGACGCACUGGCCCCAUGAAAAUCUGUUCACCGAUACCAGUAUCGCGAAACGCCCAGGAGAAGAUGAGCAUGGAUUGACCAACUGUCUUUUUGAACAGCCUAUUGAGACAGAUCUGGUAUUGAAACUGGCAGGAAAAAUUCCCUACUAG